AUGUCUCACAUAACGUAUGUCGAGAUUCGUCGAUAUCUCCCUCAAGGAGUCAAGCGGAUCAUUGCGCAUGGCGGUGGCUGCUGGAUUGGCGAAGUCGACGCAACGACGGUCCUCAAGUAUCCUCACACUCGUGACGAGAUGAGAUGGAUUCAGAUCGAAGCCAAGAUUCUCAGUGUUCUCGGACACCAUCCUCGUAUCGUCCAGUCCAAAGGCCUAACGAAAGACAGUCUUCUCCUAGAGUUUGCCCCAAAUGGCAAUCUACACGACUACCUCAUAGCUCACCCAGAGCUGGCCGACUUCCAGGGCCAGUGCUUCUCUGCUAACGGCGAUAUCCUUCUUAACGCGCUCUCUGUCGAAUCUACUAAGGCAUACCUACCCCGAACACCAGCGGAUUAUGCAAACAUGAGGACGGAUCUGUUCGCCCUCGGAAGUGUCAUCUACUUCAUCAUAAUGGGGCAUGAGGUGUUCCCCUGGACAAGUCCAAAGACGAAGACAAAAUCGAGCGUCGAUUCCGCGCCGGCGUAUUUCCCACUGAUGCAUGCGUAUGCGCUGCUAUCACCGCAAAAAUGCUGGAAACAACUCUACUCGUCGGCACCACAAGUUCUGGCCGACUUAGAGGCUGUGCGGGAAGCCGUCGCUCGCGGCGAGACGCCAGAUUCUGUUUCGGAUGGGCACGCUCCGCCCCCAGCGACAUCGUGGCUGAGCGGCCUCUGCGACGAUGCGCAGAGGUUGAAGGUACCCCCGCCAUAUCGCCAGCUCGUAGGCUUUGAUUGA